CUGUGUUGCAAUGUAUAAUUGUGAGUCGUGUUACUUCACAAGAAGUCUAUCAGUAAUUGUGGAAGACAUUCUUUGCAAAAAUACCUUAAACAGGUUUUAAAUUUGCAAAAGGGACUGUAAAGAAAACAGAAUCUGACAAUAUGACGUCCGGAGGAACAUCCUUUCAUCGUGUUGGUAGUUUAAUGCGGAGUAAAUCAGAGGGGACGUUGAUUGACCUCGAUGUCAACGACUCAACAAGCUACAACCUAAAUGGAUCACAUGUGACAGGAGUCUUACAUAACUCAGAGUGGCCACUCCUACAGCCAAACGUUACUCAAACCGCUCAGACAAAGAAUCCCUUCUGGAACAAACUCUCUGCAUCAAACCCCUUCUUGGACGACAUUGUGCACGGAAGCACUGACAAGAACAUUUCCAACUCAACAGACAUAAAACAGGACAACGGAAAACAUGGGCACACCAACAACGGGGACGCCAUUAGCACAUCUUCAGAUGAAGGCAACGUGGGGAACUUUCUGGACAACAAGAACAAAGUUACAAACAGGUCUGGGAGAUGGAGGAGCGCUUCAGACAUCUUGGGCGACUUGGAACGAAAAGAGUCGAAACACGGGGACAACUUCAAAAUGCCGAGUCCGGUGCUGAACCCAGACUUUGAGUGGUUGAAGAAUGACAGAGAGGCCUAUAAGAUGGCCUGGCUGAGCCACAGGCAGCUGACGCGAUCAUGUCUGGACCUGAAUCUGAUGAGCCAGAGUCCUGGUUGGGCUCAGACACAGGCCUCGGGGUUUCAGGUUAUCACAAAAAUCGGCCACACCGGAGGAUCAGUUCAGUUACCAGACUCGCACGUUACCAUCCAUAUACCACAGGGUCAUGUUCAACCGGGAGAGGUGCAGGAAGUUACACUGAAAGCAAUGUUAGAUCCUCCUCCUGGACUCAAUAACAACUACAAGACAACCAUGAGUCCUCUCCUGGAGGUGCUCCUUAGCAACAUCAACACAAAAGAGGGCAUUUCUCUAGAUGUAAAACUGUCCGGAGAAGUGAAGAGUGACCCACUGAGUCAGACAAAGACCACUCUGGUUGGACUGGUGUCCAACAAAAGAGAGGGACCUUAUGUAAAAGUGGACGACUGUUACAUUCACAAGAACACGAUGCAGAUGAAGCUUCAGCAUCUGAAGACACAUUUUUUUGUUAUUGCAGUGGCAGAGGCGUCUGUGAUUCAGCCGCCUGCUACGUCCGUGUGGGAUUACCUCGACCGUCGGAUCACCGUGGCAGUUUAUGGUCCCAGAUACAUCCAUCCGUCUUUCAAAGUUGUAAUAAUGGUGUGCUGUUACGAAGAUAUUCCACAAAAACUUCCGUUUUCAGAUAUAUGCAGAGGCAACAAGUACCUGCCUCCUCUUGUGCUACAACUUUGGGGAAAACAUCAGUUUAAACCAGACAGAGUGAAGAACCUGCAGGUCAAUGUCGGCAUCAGAGGUUCUGCAUUCACGGUCAAGGCUGAGGACAAAGUAAAAGAAGUCCGGCAAAGUCAGCUGAAAAUUGGGACAGUUUUAAAUCUGCCAGUUGCGUUAGCCAAUCCCGCUAAUACAGAAAUGACUCCUUUUAAAUUAGAUCUACACCUGAAGGAGUCAAACACCGUAAGCGCCGCACAUUUCCAAGUGUCCUCACCUCCCGCUCCGCCCAUUCGAUCAGAGAAGCGGGUGGCAAGACAUAUAGAAAGGCGUUCUGACUUGCCAAGAUCCUCACCCAUUCCUGAGGAAAGACUUGAAGAAUUCCCAACGUUUGAAGACAAACCUGUGAAUCUACAUUGGUAUGGAGUCGCCCUGAAGUCAGUUCUCCGUCAGCCCCGGGUAGAAUACCUGCUUGAGUACUUCAAGGGAGACACUAUUGCUCUUCUUUCCAGAGAGACUGUUAAGUCUGUGGGAAACACCAAGGUAAAAGAGUGGUAUAUUGGAUUCCUUCGAGGCAGAAUUGGUUUGAUUCACUGCAGAAACAUCAAGCUCAUCACCAGAGACCAGGUCAUUGACUUCACCGGCAUCCGGGUCACCACCGAGGUUCUCUUGGACAACAUCACGCUGCCCUUUAACAAGCUGACGUACAUGUACUCCGCCAUACAAACCCUGGUCACUGAGCACAUCAGCAGCUGGAGAGCUUUUGCUAACGCUCUGGGAUACAACGGCAUAUCGCUGGACACUAUAACACGGAGGCAAGCGGAAAGUGAGGGGGAUAAGGUGGCGUGUGUCCUGGAGAAGCUGAAGGAAGACUGUCACGCUGACAGGAGCAAAAAGAAGUUUUUGCAUGAACUUAUGGUGGGCCUGUUAAAGAUGAACUCUGUGAACCUGGUGGCCCAGUUGAUUCAGAACACUGUCAUCCUGUCCACUGCUGUGGAACUGGGAUUUCGAUGGCGGGAGCUGGCAGAGAAGAUGGGAAAACUGUCCAGUGCUCAGAUUGCCGGCUACGAGUCGCCACACAAAGGGAAGAAUGGAGACGUUGGACCUCAGUCAAUGUGGAAACCUGCCUAUGACUUCCUGUACUCCUGGAGUCUACAUUAUGGAGACAGCUACAGGGACAUGAUCCAGGAUCUGCACCUGCUUCUGGACAAAAUGAAACACCCUGCUACCAGACAGUGGAGGCAGCUGACUGGAGCCCUCAUCACAGUAAACUGCCUGGACGUGUUCCGUGCAUCUGCAUACCCAAAAAGCCAACCUUUUUCAAAGACACUUUAGUGACGACGUGAACCUCCACACACUGGAGCUGACCAAACAAAGAGAGUUUUUGUUACAACCCUGUAAGUUGUUUUUUUAACACAGAUGUUACUUCACGCUUUCCGCUCUGGCUCUGUUUGAAUCCAUUUCAGGAUCUACAUGGUCCUGCACUGUCUCCUGUGACCUCACCAGGUGAAAAUGUAGUCACCGUAAUAUAGCUGUGAAGGAAUUUCAUUUCAUCUCACAAUAACUAUAUCACGUAGCACAGUCUCCACCCUCUGAUCUGUGGUUGAACUGGGACCAUUUUUUCAUUUUAACGACAGCCGUGUGCAUGAUAUGUGCAUAACAGUGAACAAAGAGCAGAAACCUGCCGGUUUUUAGCUCACAGCAUUGUGCACUGUUAGAAGACAGGAUCCUUCAGCCUCAUAUAGAACUAGUUGUCAGUGAACACAGCUCGUCUGGUAUGGACUUUGCCCUAAAGCAAAUAUUGAAAACAGAGCUACCUGGCUACACAUGUAAAGAUUAGUACUUCACUGUUUUUUAGAUACUUAAAAACAGAGCAUCUAUAAGAGACCCAUGUAUAUUGCGGAGCACUAGUAAUGAUAUUUUGAGCAGGUUAUACAUAAUGUGGUCUAUCAGUUUUACUUAUAUAAUACUAGGCCAGACCACAUGUACAAAUAACAAACACACGUAGGACAACUCCGUUUUCCACUGACUGUACUGUUUUUUUCUACCUGUUCUUUCUACAGAGCAGUUUUGUUUCCCCCCCCAGGUUUCCUCUAGUAGAAAAACAGACUGUGUUGGUUUUUCAGCCAGUCAAAUGAUCAUAAACCUCUAGGUCAGAAAUGCCUGUGGGGAAUUGCAUUUGACGAGACUCAAUGCUAAUAAAUGUGAACACUGUUACUAAUUCACAGCCUUAAAUGGUUGAAUAUGUUAACUUUGUCUUGAUUGUUGAGUUAUGUGCCAUAAGUGAUAGUUUAUCUCUGGAUAUAAGAUUUUUUUUUUUGUUUUCCUUUGUCAUAAAUCAAAGCAUCAACCACAGUGCAGCUGUUCUUACUGUACUUACAUCAUCAACACUGUUGUGUAGUUGUCGAGUCAUGUGUUUGUUUUUUAUUGAGUUAUUUUUUACAUGUACAGAGUGGAUGAUCUGUUGUCUAAGAUAAUAUAUUGAUUUUUGUGUUAAUUGUUGUGAUAUAAUGAAUUAUGAAAUUCAGAGUAUUUAGAGUGGUGCCAUGAAGACUAAACUGUAGUCACAGAAAUCUAAUAAUUGUGACACUGACGCUGAAACGGAACUGUACCGUGGUAAAUGAAAAAAAAAACUCUGUAAAAUCCUGUGAUUGGUUCUGAUCCCUUUUAUAUUUCACAAUGAGUGUGAUAACAAAAGUGAGGCCAAAUAUGUGCAGGUGAUUAAAAUGCAAUUAUACAUCAAUUGUUUUUUUUAUUAUUGUAGCACAGUUAGAUCAUAUUAUUGGAACAAAUGCUUGUUGUGUUCUAUUGAUUUUCUGUCUGUUUGCUUGUCCUCUGCUCUGUUUGUUUAAGCUAGUUUCAGUUGAGAGCAUUGUGCGCUGGUCCUCCGUCAGCCUGGGAGCACAGAGCUUUGAACCCACUUCACCUUGGCUCAGAGAGAGCGGCAGGAAAAGUAAAUCCAAUAAAAA